UUCAUGCACUAGGAGAUGUGCCGAGCAGGACACCCGGCAGCUGAAAUCUUAGCAGCAGCAGCAGCAGUCAGCAAACGCAUCACCACAAAAACAUCUCUCCACCUCACAAGAGCCUCAGCUGACUCGAUAUCCCAACGCUGGACGGAUUGCCCUACCUUAUUCUACACCAUGGAAGCCUGUUGACACAACCUGCAGGCAGACAUCUGCUCCCCAAACCACUGCUGCGCGUUUUAGAAAACGGUGGCGGGUGGUUAAUCCAGCACUGGACUGCUUCUUUUGGGUGGGUGAAGUCAGGCUCGGUUUCAAAAAGAACACAUUUUGAGGAGGAGAAUUAGGAGGAGAGGAAGAAGAAAAUUAAAUUCCCAAAGAUAGCAAUUCAAGGAUUUUUUUUUUCCAAAAAAAAAAAAAAAAAUACAAAAAAAAAUUUGAAACACAUAGGCGCAAUAUUCCUAUAUUUUUUCUUUCUGGGAUUUUGGAAUGCUGGGCUCCGUCAAAAUGGAAUCACACGACAUUUCCGAAUGGACCUCGUACUAUAACGAACCCACGGAGGUAUUUCCUUCAGUGAGCACUAUGACAUCCAGCUUGGGGCCUAUGAACCCUAUCAAUUCCUACGUGACGUUGAACCCGCUCAGUUCCCCCAGCUCCAUGAACAUGACAUAUCCAAACAGCGGCUUGAGUAGCCCUUCUCUCACUGGACUGACCAACGCCACCAGCCCCAUGGGCCUUCCGACAGUGGCAUCCCCAGUUAGCCCAGUAUUGACUCCGCUGGGUGCUCAGGCCCCCACGCUCAGUUCUCUGUCGCCCUAUCAAAAUGUCGGCCAGCCAAUGGCCCCACUGGGCUACUCUCCGUCAAGCAUGAAUCGGCCCAAAGAGAUCAGCAAGUCAUACCGGCGCACGCUGACCCAUGCCAAGCCGCCCUAUUCGUACAUCUCCCUCAUCACCAUGGCAAUUCAGCAGGCCCCGAGCAAGAUGCUGACCCUCAAUGAGAUCUACCAGUGGAUCAUGGACCUCUUCCCUUACUACCGUGAAAACCAGCAGCGCUGGCAGAAUUCUAUCCGCCACUCCCUCUCCUUCAACGACUGUUUCGUCAAGGUGGCCCGGUCCCCAGACAAGCCCGGCAAAGGUUCCUACUGGGCCCUCCACCCAAAUUCAGGCAACAUGUUUGAGAACGGAUGCUACCUGAGGCGCCAGAAGCGUUUCAAAAUUGAGGACAAGGCCAAGAAGCCUAACUCCAAGGCUUCCAAUGCCCAAGACCAGGCCUCCAAGAUUCCUGAAGGUCUUCAAGAGGGCCAGAGCCCCAACACAGGUUCGGAAGGGGCAGAGUCGGGCCAUUCAGACACCUCCCAUGGGUCUGAGGAGCAAAGAGGUUUGGUCCAGCUAGAUUGUUCAGGGGCCCACGGCUCAUCUCCAGCUUCCGAGGCCUCCCCAGCCCCCAUCUCGCAGUCCAUGAAUAGCCACUACUUUGCCACCUCCAUUACCAAUUUGGAUCUUCCAAGUGACCUCAAAAUGGACCCUCAGUUCAACUUCAACCAUCCUUUUUCCAUCACCAACCUGAUGUCCACAGAGCAGAGCCACAAGAUCGACCUGAAGUCCUAUGAGCAGGCCAUGGCAUACAAUGGCUAUGGCUCCCCGCACUCAGUGGAAAACAAACACACUUACCAGACGUCCACCUCGCUCAGCGAAACUGGCUCCUAUUAUCAGAACCUCUACAGCCGCUCCUUGCUCAACGCUUCUUAAGGCUGUUGGCCUGUUGCAAAGCGGAAAAAAGAGGAGGCCAGAGAAAGGAGAGAAACUCUGCCUUGUGCCACAAUCACCAGCAAGACCAUCAAGACGAUGUGCCCUCCUUUUGCCGACCAAAUGCAACACGGCUGGUGGAAAGGAGCAAAUCGCCAGAGGCCUGGCUCUGAUGAACCACAUGCUCUCAAGACCUCAAGACCAAUGUUGCCUCAGAGCGGUCAAGAGCUCCUUUGGGGCCCUUCCAUUUCAAUAGACUCACUUGCCCAUAAUGACCAGGGAGCUACAAGGAAGAAGUAGCCCACACCUUGUUGCUGUCAACCAUAAUUCACCUUAUGGUUGUACUGUUGUCAACACGGGUUCCCAAGGGCAAAUCCCGCCAUCCCCAAAUGAUGGACCCCACUAUGAAUCUUACUGCUAUUGAAGAUAUCCGACAUCUCCAGGAUUGGAGCUUUGAUGGAUGUCCAUUGCAAAGUUGAAAAGGGACAAAGGUGAAAAGGAAAUUAUGCAAUCUUGAGUAAGCUGAGGCCUAUCCCUCGGCCUAGGACAGUUGACUUUCUUAUCUCAACACAGAUGUUACAGUCUAUGGUUGAACUCUUGUCUUGGGAUCGUCAAACCCACCCAUUUAGGUCAGAAUCAUACUUGGCAGGACUCCAUUGUUACACACACACACACACACACACAAAGGGAUUUGGUUACACCAAAGACAAUGUAGGCCUCAACCUGAAGAGGAGCAGGAAGAAUAUAGUUCAGAUUUUUUUUAUUAUUAAGUGGCUUUAUAUUUAAAUAUUUGUGCUUUCUUUUGGGAAAAAGGGUAAGAGUUGAUUUAAUAUAUCAUACUUUAGAGACAAUUCAGGGGGUUGUCCUUGUUUUACAUGUGUGUGUCUCUCUUUUUAUGGUAUUAACGAUAAUUAAAACAAAAUGGUAUUCAGGUUUUA